AUGGCCAAUCCCCACGAAACAAUAAAGACGUUAUUUGCUUUUAUUCUCGCCCAAGGGCAAGGGGACUACCUCGGCGAACGCAUCUCCCAACUCCAACAUUCCCUACAAUGUGCAUACCUCGCACACUCAGACCCAACCUACGGCACCGACUCAGAAGUCGUUCUCGCCGCACUUCUGCACGACGUCGGCCGCUUCAUCCCAGACGCCAAGGACAUGCCGGCCAUGAUUGCGCCGGACGGGGCGUACAUUGGCCGCGCGAGCCACGAGGUCCUGGGGGAGCGGUACCUUAGGCAGCUAGGGUUUAGCGAGAAGGUGUGCCAGCUUGUUGGAGCGCAUGUACUGGCGAAGAGGUUUUUGGUUUCUACUGAGGAGGAGUAUUAUGGGGGGUUGAGUGAGACGAGUAAGAGGACGUUGAAGUUUCAGGGAGGGUUCUUUACGGAAGAGCAGGUUAGGGAUGCGAGGAAUGAUCCCUGGCUUGAUGCGAAGCUGGCUGUUCGACGCUGGGAUGAUAGGGCGAAGGAUCCUGAGAUGGAGGUGCCGGGGCUGGAUGCGUAUGAGGAUAUGGCGGUUCGGUGUCUUGUUGAUUCGAGGGCUAGGGUUGUAGUGGUCGACAAGUUAUAUGCUCUUCCCGUGAAGCCUGUAUUUAUUGUCGUCCUUUCGGAGGCACUUUUCGACCAAGCUGUCCAUGACGGCGUGCUGUCUGGCAUGAAAAGUCAUGGUUGGAUUGUCGAGAAAUACCUUCAUAUGAAGAAUGGCAACAGACGACCUGUGGAAGAAGAAGUACUCGAUCAACUGUCAAGACGCGGAGUGCAAGUGGCCCAGAUGUCUGCCGACAGCGAUACUAUCAGCAGUUUGCCGUCAGACACAGCUGGUCGUUCUAGACUGGUUAUCGAGAAGGGCCUAUCAAUGCUGCAGAAUGACGCAUUCUUGCACCUUUCCCUGGCAGCUGAGCUACAGUACAUUGAAUUCAGCGAGAUGUUGGAUAACCUGCAAUACCUAACCAGGGACACUGUCGUCGCUAUCACAGCCAUCUCUAAUUCAGGAUGUACGAAAACUGUAUUCGAUGCAGUAUUCCAGCGUGCCUCAGUCUAAUACUAUCGUUCAACCAUAUAGCAGUAGGUAAUCACAAGGCGUGAAACUCCCCAUCCAGCGGCCACUCCCCAAGCCCCGAAAGAGGCGCCUGGAGAUUAAACAAGUCAAAGUCACUCAUAUUCUGCAUCCACUCAAUAUCUCCCUGGAACAGAUCCACAGGCGAAGUCUGCGGCGUCCCGAAUACCGGAACCUCAUGACGAGCAGAUACGUUAUUAUUGCUGCUGCUGCUCUCAAACUUGCUACGCAGCCUCUGCACUCCACACCCAAUCCGUACAAGCAGAUGCUGUCUAUGCAUCUUGCUCGUCGUCCGCUGCAGCAUGGCAAUUGUCUG